AUGACAAAAAAAAGUAGUACAGCAGCAGUUCAUCAUAAUAAUGUUCAAGGAUCAUCAAAGAAUCCAUUGCGUUUGGUAACAGCUAUACCAAAAGCAAUGGUAAAAGGAUCACAGAGAAUCACUAGAAAGGGAUGGUCAAUCAUUAGAAAGCUACCAAUCAAGAAACCACCACAGCUAUUCCGUUGGGAUCUGUUGGGUGUCACUAUGUCAUAUAUCUGGGGAAUGAUCAAUCGUCGUCACCUCCCAGUCGCUCUCAGAAAGCCAGUGUACUCUGCGUGGGCCUACACAUUCCGGUGCAACAUGGAUGAGAUUCCAGCACCGUUGGAGUCGUAUCCAUCGCUUGCCGACUUCUUUUCGCGUCCAAUUAAAGAUGGCGCCAGACCGAUUGCACAGGGUGGCAUGGUGAGUCCAGUCGAUGGACGUGUUCUGGCAUGCGGUGAGGUCGUCGGUGACAAGGUCGAACAGGUCAAAGGUGUCACCUAUUCGAUCAACCAAUUCCUCGGAUGCGAUGCAUCCACGCUCUUACAACGUCAGAACACCAAACUCUACCAAUGCAUUUUAUACUUGUCACCCGGUGACUACCACCGUAUCCACUCGUCGGAGGAUUGGUCGAUUUCCAAGCGCAGCCACUUCCCAGGCACACUCUUCCCUGUAAAUAAACCAUUUUUAAAGUUGAUUCCAAGUCUUUUCGCGCUCAACGAGAGAAUCGUUCUCAUGGGUGACUGGCUCCAAGGUUUCUACUCAAUGACAGCGGUCGGUGCUUACAAUGUCGGUUCGAUUUCACUCAGUUUCGACGAUCAAGUAAACUCGAAUCGUAUCACACGUGAUUUCAGAUGUAAGAAUCUCGAGUAUUUCUCAUGGAACGGUGUCGGUAGUCACUCGUACGACAGAUCCUACGAUAACCCAAUUCCACAAACCAAAGGUCAAGAAGUCGGACAAUUUCAUUUGGGUAGCACCGUCGUACUGAUAUUUGAAGCAACAGAUUUCGAAUUCAACGUUAAACAAGGUGAUUAUUGUAAGAUGGGAACUUUAAUUGGUUCAUCUAAAUAG